AUGGCAAGUUAUGGGCUAACUAAUCAAGUUUUAACUCUAUAUCUCGAAGCAUUGAAUAUAUCAGAAACAAAAAUCGGAUUAUUCAUGACCCUAACAUUGGUAGGUGAUACUAUUAUAUCAUACUUUUUGACAUGGUAUGCGGACCAUAUAGGAAGAAGACUUGUUAUGAUUAUUGGGACACUUAUGAUGAUUACGUCUGGUUUAACAUUUGCAUUCUGUUCCAAUUUUAUAAUCUUGCUAAUUGCGGCAAUAUUUGGGGUGAUUUCUCCAUCGGGAGAUGAGACAGGUCCUUUCAAGAGUGUAGAAGAAGCAUCAAUUGCACAUUUGACGCCACAUAACCAUAGACCAGAAAUAUUUGCAUUUCAUGGGUUGUUUGCUACAGCCGGUGCAGCACUUGGGGCAUUAUUCUGUGGAAUCAUCGUUGACCACUUGCAUUUGAAUUUAGAGUGGUCUAUUGAAAACAGUUACCGCUUUAUAUUUAUAGUUUAUGCUGGCAUAGCGGUGGUGAAAUUUGUAUUCAUGAUAUUUUUGACUGAGAAAUGUGAAGUUUACUAUGAUGAUGAGGAACUGUCUGAUGAUUCUACUGAAGAAUCGUCUUUAUUGAAUGAAAACGAUUAUUCCGAGGACUCUUCCAAUCUAAUUAGAACAUCUAAUGGAAAACUGAAAUUUUCGGGCCUCUCCCCACAAACCAAGCACUAUUUAUCUAGAUUAUUGGUUAUUUUCAUGCUCGAUUCUUUGGGAUAUGGCUUUAUGCCAUCUUCGUGGGUUGUUUAUUAUUUUAAGAAAGCCUUUAAGGUUACGGCCACCGGAUUGGGGGUGUUAUUCUUUCUUACAAAUUCAAUAGAUUCGGUUUCCUCAUUGCCCUCAGCUUACUUUGCAAAAAUAUUGGGUCCUGUCAAAGCGAUAUUAUUCACCCAAGCACCAUCUGCUAUUUUUUUCAUUCUAAUUGCAUUUAUGAACAGAUUUAUCCCAGCAUCUGGAUGUUUGUUGUUAUAUUUUGCUACGUCUACUAUGGAUGUUGUUCCAAGGCAAGUGUUGUUAACUUCUAUUAUGCCUAAUAAUGAAUUGACAAAGGUUAUGGGUAUUGUGAAUAUAGGAAAAACUUUUGCUCGAUGCAUUGGUCCAAUCUUUACAGGCAAGUUGGCAGAAAAGAAGCUUUUGCAUUAUGCGUUCGUAAUAAAUGGAAGUUGUGUUUUAUUAGCAGAUUUGAUUUUAGCCACAAACUUCCUUCACUUGGAUGAAGAAAUCUUAAAGAAACAAAAAAUUGACUAUAACAUACAAUAA